UUUAAUAAAUUAUUUUAUUUCUCUUCCGGUUUCCGGUUGGCUGCCGCCCCACUCCGCCAUCAUGAAGUUCUGAACAAAAAACGAAUGAGACAGAAAGGGUAAAAAAAAAAAAGGACAAAAAAUUAUGAAAAACAUUUAUGUAAUGAUAAAAUAUGGUCGAGAGUGGAGCAGGCGAGUGGAAAUACCGGGUCUGCUUUAAAUUGAUUAACUGUUUCCCAGUUGUAAUCUGCUGGUUGCUGCUGAGAAGACCAGCUCGUUAGCAUUUUGAUUGACUGCCAUAGCUAAUGCUAGCUAAAUCAUUUGUGAAGAAUGGAAUGGAGUAUCAAUGAAAACAAUGUGGCUCGCUCGUGUUGAAUAGAGCGGAAGAGGUAACGUUAGAAGAGCGACCAAUAUUUUCCAUACCAGGCCAGCUAGCUAGCUCUCCAGCUAGCUACAGUGGAUCCCCAAAGCCACGAUUUGUCUUUGGAGGGGUGCAGGCAGCCACCCAAAUUAGCAACUGGGAUGCCAUUGCCAACACCAACAUGAACAUUUUCGAUUGAAAACAUUUGAAGGCUAAAGUUUUUUGCCGUGGGGCAACAAGCUAGGAAGGGGCCUCCCCAUCCUUCAUAAUGGCGCUGGCCAUGCCGUCCAGUGUGCGGGCCGGGAGCCUGAAGGACCCGGAGGUAGCUGAGCUCUUCUACAGAGAUGACCCUGAGAAGAUGUUCACCGACUUGCGGGAGAUCGGCCAUGGCAGCUUCGGAGCUGUCUACUUCGCACAUGACAUCCGCACCAAUGAAGUGGUGGCAAUUAAGAAAAUGUCCUACGGUGGCAAGCAGUCCAAUGAGAAAUGGCAGGAUAUCAUCAAAGAAGUAAAGUUUCUCCAGAAACUGCACCACCCCAACACCGUGGAGUACAGAGGUUGCUACCUGAGAGAGCACACAGCAUGGCUGGUGAUGGAGUAUUGUUUGGGUUCGGCCUCCGACUUACUGGAAGUCCACAAGAAGCCCCUCCAGGAACAGGAGAUAGCAGCCAUCACCCACGGUGCAUUGCAGGGCCUGGUGUACCUUCAUUCUCACAACAUGAUUCACAGGGAUGUGAAGGCAGGUAACAUCUUGCUGACUGAGCCUGGCCAGGUGAAACUGGGUGAUUUUGGCUCUGCCUCCAUCAUUGCCCCGGCCAACUCGUUCGUGGGCACGCCCUACUGGAUGGCACCUGAGGUGAUCCUGGCCAUGGACGAGGGCCAGUACGACGGCAAGGUAGAUGUGUGGUCACUGGGCAUUACCGCCAUAGAGCUGGCGGAGAGGAAGCCGCCUCUGUUCAACAUGAAUGCUAUGAGUGCCUUAUACCACAUCGCCCAGAACGAGAGUCCCGUUCUGCAGUCCAAUCACUGGUCUGAUUAUUUCCAUAACUUUGUGGACUCGUGUCUGCAGAAGAUCCACCAGGACAGACCUACCUCUGACGUGCUGCUGAAGCACAAUUUCCUAUGCAGAGAGCGUCCCCACACGGUGGUGAUGGACCUGAUAGCUCGCACCAAAGACGCGGUGCGGGAGCUGGACAACCUGCAGUACCGCAAAAUGAAGAAGAUCCUUUUCCACGAGGCCCUCAAUGGGCCCCAGCCCGAGGGAGGGGAAGAGGAGGAGGACGUGGAGCAGUACAUGCUGCGGACGGGUACGGUCAACAGCAUGGAGAGCUCCCAUUCGCUGCCUUCCAUGUCCAUCAGCGCAAGCUCCCAGAGCAGCUCGGUCAACAGCCUGGCGGACGGUUCGGACGACAGCGGCGAGAUGGCCAUGAUGCAGGAGGGCGAGCAAACAGUCACCUCCAACAGCUCAGUCCUGCACAAGCCCCUGAGCCAUGACAACAUCUAUGACGACCCCUACCAGCCCGAGCUGGACGCCCAGCAGCAGCCCCCGUCGUCACGGGGUGAGGGAAGAGAAGGAGGCGGCGGCGGGGGAGGAAUUGGCAGGCGGAGGGGACACCGCAGCCGAGACCACUUUGCCACCAUCCGGACAGCAUCGCUGGUGACCCGGCAGAUCCAGGAGCACGAGCAGGGGUCGGCGCUGAGGGAGCAGAUGUCCGGGUAUAAGCGCAUGCGGCGGCAGCACCAGAAGCAGCUGAUGGGCCUGGAGAACAAGCUGAAGGCAGAGAUGGAUGAGCAUCAGCUGAGGCUGGACAAGGAGUUGGAGAACCAGAGGAACAGCUUUGGAGGGGAGGGGGACAAGCUGAGCAAGAAGCACCAGGCUAUCCUGGAGAAGGAGACCAAGGCAGCCCUGGCUGAGGAGAAGAAGUUCCAGCAGCACAUCCUGGCCCAGCAGAAGAAGGAACUGACCAGCCUGCUGGAAUCACAGAAACGCCAGUACCGCGCACGCAAGGAGCAGCUCAAAGAGGAACUGAACGAGAACCAGUUGACCCCCAAGCGGGAGAAGCAGGAGUGGCUGGUGCAUCAGAAGGAGUGUCUCCAGCAGCUGCAGGCGGAAGAGGAGGCGGGGCUCCUGCGCCGCCAGAGGCAGUACUACGAGCUGCAGUGUCGCCAGUACAAGAGGAAGAUGCUGCUGGCGCGCCACAACCUGGAGCAGGACCUACUCCGAGAGGACCUGAACAAGAAGCAGACGCUGAAGGACCUGGAGUGCGCAAUGCUGUUGCGCCACCACGAGUCCACCCAGGAGAUGGAGUUCCGGCAGCUGGGCUCGGUGCAGCGCACGCGGGCCGACCUGAUCCGCACGCAGCACCAGACGGAGCUCACCAAUCAGAUGGAGUACAACAAGCGACGCGAGCAGGAGCUGAGGCAGAAGCACGCCGUGGAGGUCCGCCAGCAGCCCAAAAGCCUCAAAUCCAAAGAACUCCAGAUCAAGCGUCAGUUCCAGGACACGUGCAAGAUCCAGACGCGCCAGUACAAGGCCCUGCGCAACCACUUGCUGGAGAACACGCCCAAGUCGGACCACAAGGCGGUGCUCAAGCGCCUGAAGGAUGAGCAGACACGUAAGCUGGCCAUCCUGGCUGAGCAGUACGACCACUCCAUCAAUGACAUGCUGUCCACACAGGCUCUCCGAUUGGAUGAGACGCAGGAGGCGGAGUAUCAGGUGCUGCGGAUCCAGCUGCAGCAAGAGUUGGAGCUGCUCAACGCCUACCAGAGUAAGAUCAAGAUCCACACCGACUCGCAGCAUGAGCGGGAGGCCAAGGACCUGGAGCAGAGGGUGUCCAUCCGCCGGGCACUGCUAGAGCAGAGGAUUGAGGAGGAGAUGCUGUCUCUUCAGAAUGAGCGCUCUGAGCGCAUCCGCACCCUCCUGGAGCGGCAGGCCUGUGAGAUCGAGUCCUUUGACUCUGAGAGCCUCCGUCUGGGUUUCAGCAACAUGGCCCUCACGGGCAUCCCCAGCGAGGCCUACCCCAAGCAGGGCUACACCAACGCCCCACCAGGGUUCCGCUCCGGUGGGGGCCACUGGAGCCAUGGCAUGCACGCCCAGCCCCAGCCGCACUCCCGCCGCAGCCACAACAGUAGUAGCGGUGGAGGGGGUGGGGGUGGUGGAGGGGGGAGCAGAGGGGAGUCUUCUUCUUCUCACGGCAUGGCUCUGGGGUUGGGUCUGGGGAGGGAUGGGAGGGAGGUGCAUCCUUCAUCUCGUUCGUCAGCCUCUUCUUCCUCUUCCUCCUCCCAACAACACCACCACCGUCAUCACCUGCCGCAGCACUACCACCACCAAAGCACGCCCCAGCUCUACCGGGAGCGGGAAAGGGAUAGAGAGAGGGAGCGGGAGAAGGAGAGGGACAGGGAGUGGGCCGGGGUCCGAGGCGGCGGCGACCUGGCCCACCCGCAGCACCCCCACCCCUUCUCCCACAACCUGCCCUCUCGCUCCUCCUCUCAGUCCCUGGCCCUGCUGCCGCCGCCGCCCCCCACGCCCCCCUCUAUCUCGGGGCCCUCCUCGCAGGGAGGGGUGUAUGGCGGGGGGCUGGUCGUCAGGGGCGGUCCCAGCCUCAUGGCCCUGAGGAACAGCCCCCAGCCGCUGAGGAGGACGGCAUCCGGAGGGGGACCCGGCGGGGCGGGUGGAGGCGAUGGGGUGCUGAGCCGCAGCACCUCGGUCACCUCGCACAUCUCCAACGGCUCCCACCUCUCCUACUCCUAA